AUGCGAAACGGAUUUGAUGCGGCUGAUCUUGCCAUUCCACUUUUUCUUCUGUCUUCCUCGCCUUCAACGUCCGAACAAAGUUCCUUGAAGAAGUCUCUUUUUGUUUUCUCUUCUUUCGUUCUAUUUUUCAGUAUUUCUUCUUUCUGUUAUCUCAUUUGCUUCCUUUUUUCCUUAUUAACCAAAAACUCUCAUUUAUUUUCUUUUUAUUCUUGCAUAUUUUUCUUUCUCUCUUUCCUUUCUUCUUGUCUUCAUUUUACUUUUCAUCUUUUCUUUCUUUUUCUAUUUUCUUUUUUUUUUAAUUUUUACCAUUUCUGUAUAAAUUCUCUUUCUGAUUUUUCCAAUUUCGUUUGUAACUUUUCUUUCUUUCUUUUUUUUUUGUUCCUGUUUACACCUUUUCAUUUUCUCUUUUACGUUCUUUUUGCAUUUAAAAUUUUUUUUUUCGUUUUCAAUCUGUCUUUCUUUUUCUCUUUACUUUUGUUUUCGCUUUUUCCGUUUCUCUUUUUCGUUUCACCUUUGUCUUUUCGUUUUAUCUCUUCUUUUUCUAUUCUCUUUUUCAGUUUCUCUUUUUCGUUUUCACCUUUUCCUUCUUUUUCUAUUUUCAUUUUCUUUGUACAUUUCCGUGUCUCUUUUUUGUUUUCACUCUUUCUUUCUUUUUCUCUUUUCUUUUUGUUUUCGCUUUUUCCGUUUCUCUUUUUCGUUUCACCUUUUUCUUUUCGUUUUAUCUCUUCUUUUUCUAUUCUCUUUUUCAGUUUCACUUUUUCGUUUUCACCUUUUCCUUCUUUUUCUAUUUUCAUUUUCCUUGUACAUUUCCGUGUCUCUUUUUUGUUUUCACUCUUUCUUUCUUUUUCUCUUUUCUUUUUGUUUUCGCUUUUUCCGUUUCUUUUUUUCGUUUUCACCUUUUCUUUUCGUUUUAUCUCUUCUUUUUCUAUUCUCUUUUUCAGUUUCUCUUUUUCGUUUUCACCUUUUCCUUCUUUUUCUAUUUCUUGUUCCUUGUAUAUUUCCGUGUCUCUUUUUCGGUUUGACUCCUUCUUUCGUUUUUUUCUUUUCUUUUUGUUUUCUCUUUUUCAGUUUCUGCUAUUCGUUUUUACUUUUUUUUCUUUUCUCUUUUCUUUUUUGUUUUCUCUUUUCCCCUUUGUCUUUUUCGUUUUCAUCUUUUCUUUCGUUUUCUCCUUUUCAAUUCCUCUAAGCAUUUCUCUUGAUUUCCGCUACUCUUACCCUGCUUUCCAAUUUUAA